AUGUUGCUAUUCUUCGUAGUGUUAAUUGCUGGCUUUGGCCUGCAAGUUAAAGGCCAAGUUUUAUCCACACCAAUUUCUUAUGACUUUGCAAUAUCCUUAGAAUCACAAUUGACAUUGUUGAAGUGGAAAGAAACCCAUGUACGAAAUCUUUUCAACUAUAGAGAAUCAUUGGAUAAGCACUUAAAAGAAAUUAAGCUAGCCAUAAAUUAUUCAGAAAAUCUGUUAAAAUCCGCUUCGCAAUUUCAGCACAAUGCAUUGAGUGAGUUUAAAGUUUUAAGGCACAUUCACAAGGAUUGGCCCAAAUACUUAAAAUUGUUAAAAAAAGAACUGGGGACCAAAGAGAUUUCACUAUCUCAGGAAUUAUUAAUAAAGCAACCCACGUCUGAAGACUUUGAGGAAUCCUUAGGUGCUAUUUAUAGACUUCAAACCGUGUAUAACUUGGACUCUUCUGACAUGGUAGAAGGCAUAUUAGAUGGCAAUAACUUCAAUGCCAAGAAAUGGAGUAUUGAUGAGUGUUUAAUACUCGGGCUAAUGUAUCAAAACUUCAAACAUUACGACCAAGCGGAUUAUUGGUUACAACUGGCUCUUUAUCAUUACGAAAAGCAUCCGAAUCCGGAUGACCUCAAAAUUAAGCUUUGGAGUUAUCCCAACUUGUUGGAAUUUUUGAUGGAGGCCAAGAAGGGACUUGGUCUUUACUUGGAAGCGAAACAACUUGCGACUAAGUUACUUUCAAUAGUUCCCAGGCAGUCUUAUAUGUUAAAGCAACUGCCAAAGCUGGAUUAUCUGCAAGCAAAUCCACCCAAUCUUAAAGAAAGAAAAAAGGAUUUUCAGAUCCAGAAAACCAUUUGCUCAAAGCAUUAUCCAAAACAAAUAUCACGGAAACUCAUUUGCCGAUAUACAAAUUGGACACCAUUUCUUAUUUUGGCACCUUUAAAAAUAGAGUUGUUGUCCAUUAAUCCAACUGUAUUUAUAAUUCCCGAUUUCGUCACUCAAAAGGAUAUAGAAAUAUUGAAGGCUGUUUCUAGGCCAAAACUUCAGCGCAAUCAACACCUGUCAUGGAAUUGCAGUUGUAAAAUCUCAACUCUAUAUAGCUCUUCGCAUAAUAUUGUUCACAAAAUGAAUCGUCGAAUCAAUGAUGUCACAGGAUUUAAAAUGAACAAAAAUCAAAUGCUUGAAGUUAUUAAUUAUGGUAUUGCUGGUAACUACAAUCCCGAUGAUACCACAAAGUCCCGGAGCAACCACUUAGCGAACGCUUUGAUAUAUUUAAGUAACGCUGAAAAGGGAGGAGAGAUUGUAUUCCCCUCUCUCGAAGUAAAAGUAAAACCCAAGAAGGGUACUAUGCUAGUUUGGGUUAAUCCCGAAGGGAGUGUUCUUUAUCAUCAGUGCCCUCUUUUAAAGGGAAAUAUGUGGUUGGCCAACAAAAUGUUGAAAUGAGCUUUUUAUUGCAUUAUUUAUGUACUUUUGUGAACGCCCUUGACAUAUGUUUAUUCCAAUUUAAACUCUUGGCACUGAGUUAUUACAAAAGUCUGCACAGGUCUAUAAAUAUUUGAUAUCAAAAAGAAAAUUCAUCCCGACAAAUACACACACUUCACAAUUACAUGCCAUAUAUUUAAUAACAAUUUAAUGGUGAAUGGUAAAAUUUGUUAUGAAUUAAAUUCAAUUUAAAGUCGA